GUCACACCUUCCUUUGUUUGGUGUAACACGUGCUUAAUUGUUCGUUCUCUUGUUAUCCUCAAAGCUUUUAAUCCCGUAGUCCAUUUGGCGUCCUUUGUCCAGUCUCAAUUUGUCGAGAUUUCCUCCACGCGUCCUCUUUUCCGCGGUUAUUUCUUCUGGCCAUUGUUCAUUCUUUUCGUCUUCGCGGCCGUUUGCGAGGCGGUUUUGCUGCAUUUGUUGUCUUCCUGGGUGUUUUUCCAUUCAACAAUGCCGAGGAAACGCAAGCAUUCCAGCGAAGAGGAAGACGAGGAGGCGGAAGAUGUUGAAAAUAACGUGAGAACAAAGCGACGUGCUGCUGUCGAAGCGCGUGAUCGCGUGGCGGCGAAGGAGGGCGCCAGCGACGACGAGGAAGAGGAAGAAGACUUUGAAGAAGAAGACGACGAUAAAGAUGAAGAUUACGAAGGAGAAGCGCCUGAUGAAGAUGAGGGUGAAGAAGAAGCAGAUGAUGAUGAUGAUGAAGAAGAAGAGAACGAGGCUGGAGAAAGGGACGAAAGAGAUGAAGAAGACGAAGAGGUUGACGAGGAAGAACCCGAGACUGUUUUGUGCAUUCUGGCAGAUUUAGAAGAACCUACUGAAGGUAAUGUUCUGUUUUAUUGUAACGCCUUCAUCUUCGGGGGCAUUUUGUGAGCGAAAAACGUUUCCUUUUACCUUUUGUUCUUUCGAAAACCUGUCGAAUGUCUCUUACUAUCACGUCCGUGAUCAGACCGCGUGGAGCGACGCGCGCGACUGAACAUAAAGCUCGCCAAUCAUUUUACGCCUUUAGUUUAAUACUACGUAUCAUGAUGAAAUAUGUUUUUUGGCAGAUUUGUUGUUGAUUUUCAAAAUUCUGAGUAGUUCAACUGGUGCUAUCCUCAGCUUCUUUUGUCUAACGAACGCGAGUGCACCUUUUGUUCGGCCUCGACGCGAGCUACAGCACGUGGACAUUUUUUUCGCUAAUUUAAUUGUCAACCUCCCUAACGCGUAGAAAUAUUAUCCGAUUUACAUGUGCCUUCGCCAGUUUAAAAAAUAUUUUGUUGUAAAAUUUUUUUGUCAACCACACAGAUCUCAUUGGUCAGAAACCAAACAACUGCAAGCAAUAAGCUUAAUAAUAAAUUAGAAAAUGCUCUUAGACGAUCACAACUCGACGCCAUACAAAUCGAAAUCUCUGAGCUUUUUGGCUGUCAAUAUCAGUCAAUAGCUGUGACAUGUGACGUCAUACAGUAAACAAAGCACCGUUCAAAGUAACUUGUAGGCGGUCUUAAAACUGUUGUCCUGUCACUUUUCAUGUCGUGAAUUUUAGCUUGCAGAUUGUUGUUGUAACCCAUAAUGACUUCCUUGAUUCUCAUCUGCAAAUAAUAUCCCCCUCUUCCCAUUUGCAGACCUGAUAACUCAGGUUAAAUAACACGUAAACAUCUGCCUAUUUUGACUGCCUAAAAAAGCCUCUACCAAUAUUAUUUAAGUCUUAUUUUGUCUGUGGCUAAAGUCUCUCUUUUAUGUUCAUCACUUGGUUUUAAUUUUUUUUUUGCAAAAAAAGCAAUAACAAUAACAACAACAAAACAAGUAUUAUGGAGGUUGACAAGAGUAGAGUAGGAUUAUAGAACUAUGAACGGUUAAGGAGAUCUUCAAGUCAUGUGCAAAGUUAUCCCUCGCCUCUUUGACUGAUAUUGUGCAGUGCUCGACACUAAUUUUUUUGGACACUAGGCAUUGGGCUAGUGAGUUUAAUAAUUCACAAGCCACUAGUCCAAGAAAAAUUGAAGUGGUUCGAAACAUUAUAAGACAAAAAAGUGUUUAUAGCCAGUCUAUGAGGGGUUCAAAACUUUCAUGACAUGCCUACUCUUUAUUGAGUCCAGACAGAAAUUUUCUGUUCCUGCGACAAAAGCAGAGUUUGGAUUUGCUAAUCUGUCAGCAGUAAAUGUUGAGUCCAUACAAGUUCCACACUGUAAAUGGCAACCAAGGAUUCCAACUUGGUUGAAAACUUCUUAACCACUUAUGGCACUUCUUUUUCUUUUCACGCUGUGAGUGGUCUUUGGCAAAAACUGAAAAUCUGCUUCAGCAUCACUGGCUGUUGAGGGGUGCUUUCUCAACAAAGGUAGUUUUUUUUUUUAAUAAAAAGCUUCAUUCUUGUGGUAAAUGUGCAUGAAUAAAUUCCAAGAUGGGGGAGUGAGUAACAUGAAAACAAGGAUGCAAUUCCUCUUCCAACAUGGCUUCAGUGUUGUGACUGGAGUCAAUUGUGCGAUACUUCCAUGAUAUGGAAAGCAAGUCUUUUUCUUACAUUUAAUACGGUUAAGUUUUAGAAACUAACUACUGAUGAUGUGUUUUUGAAAUAUAUUUUCCCAAGGUAUAGAGUUGUAGAAAAAUUAUUUUUUCCUCUAAACUAACUGGUCUAAGGGCUUGUAGGAGCACAUUUUUACUAGCCCAGUGUGGAGUUUCACUAGUACGGGGCUAGUGGACUAGCCGUAGUGUCAAGCACUGUUGUGGAAGUUUCUAAAAGUACUAAAAUAAUAACAAUAUCACUACUCAUAGUCCCUGCUCCUAAAACUGAUACUUAUAUAGUGGUUAUGAUAAAUAAUUUUGAUGAUAAUAUUAUUAAAAUAAUGACAAUAACAAAAGAAUUUUUAACUUGCAGAAAAAUACCAAACUGCACUUGCAUGGUUUUACACACUUUCCCAGCAUUUCUGUUCUGACAGUACCUCAUGCUUCUGUUGACAUUUUAGAUACCCCAGGAUAUGUGCUCAAGAAAAAAGACAGUCCAAAGAAGUUGGAACUCUGCUUCAUGGGUGAUAUGCGGGAGACAUUAGUUGAUGUUAGUGAAGCUUUUUCUAAGCAUUUUGAUGAGGAAAAGCUACCAGUUCUUCAUAUAACAAAAUUUGACAUGAUAGGAGAAACAGAAGGAACAACACAGGUAAAAGAUAAUUAUUUAUUUCAUAUAGUAAAAUGUAAGAGCAUCACAUUUUGAAUAUACAUUAUCAUUCAUUCAUGAAAAUAUUUCUCCUUUUCUGAUUGGCUUAAAUCCUCUGGUUAAUUCUUUACAACCAGCAAGCAUUGACCAAAUUUGGCUUCAGUGUAUGUAAUAAUAGUAAUAAAUUUAUUGACAACCUGAUGUGAAGACUUAUGCAGAAUGAAGAAGGUGUUAUCCUCCUCGGCUGGGAUCUGCAUAAUUCUUCAUAUCACACAAAAACCGAAUGGUCCAAAUAAAUAUUUUUGUGAUCUUUUUUGUUUCGAAAUUAUGAUAAGGACAAAAAUGUAUUUAGAUACUUGCCACCCUACAGGACUCAAGGAUUAGGCUUACAUGCAUUAUUAUGUGUAACUUAGCAUGUUAUAUAUACAGACUAUAUUACAUGGCCGUGCGGAAAUAAGAAAAAAAUAUUUCACGAGUGAGCAUGAAAUAUUGUUCAACAAGGGAGAAAUUUCGUAUCUCCAGUCAGCCAUGUAAUGUUUUAUUUUUUAUAUAGACACCAAUGAUAUACCAACCCAUGUAGCCACAAUAAUGGUGAUCUUUACACAUGUGAAGAUAACAUGUUAUUUUCCAGUGUAAAGAUUAUCACUUUUUCAUGCAAAGGCUCACCUGGUAUUCGUUGGUGUUUAAUUGAUAUAUAUUAAUAAGCAGAAUAUAUCGUAUGGAUUAUUUAUAGAUUGAUGUCCUUGAGGUCAAAUAUGAUAAAUCAUACGAUGCUAGGCAACUGGAUGAACCAAGUGAAGACAUACUCUCACAAGAUUUUUAUAGUGUUGUUCGUGUUGAUGGCAUUGAUGGAACUUGGGCGAGUCAAUAUUUUCUCCCUGAAGACUGAUGGUGUGGAAAUUGAAGAGUGUUAAAGAACAGUUUCCAGUUUGUCCAAUGCAACACUUGAAGACUUCUAUAUAAAUUCUGUAGACUGAAAUUAUGAUCAUAUAGCUUUUUUAAAGCUCUUCAUCACAGCCACCCAACCAUAAUCUUCAGUAGAAAGUAGCAAACUCCAAAAAUGUUCUAAUUCACAUAAUUAAAAGUCCUUCAAAGUAGAUUCUGGAAGAAAAUUAAUUACUUGUUCCUGAGUACCUGGUGAAAAGUGGAAAGUGUUCAGUAGACUGCAAAGUGUACGUUGCUGAUCAUCCUUGUUUGGAUUUUCUGAUAAUAACCCCAGAUUAGUUAUCUCUGAAAGCAUGCACAACAUUAAUUCACACGGCUCACAAUACAAUAACAUUUAUUGUAUCAUUACUUUCAUGAAGCCCCAGCCUUGCAGCUAUAUGGGUAUAGAAUGGUACCUGGAAAAACGUGGGUCUUGGAAAAUUUUGGUCGAUCUCGAAAUCUCGUAAGUGUUUUUGAUGGGUCUCAGAUUCUCAUUUUUGGGUGAUUUUUGGGUACAUCUUAUCAAAAGAACAUCAACUAGUAGAUUAAGACUGUAAAAUAAGACAAAGCAGUUUAUUGGUGGGCUUCCAUUAGCAUUUUCCAUCAGUUUGUUUGCAUAAUUUGUACCAUUUUCUUGAAAUUUCUGCGCUUUGAGUCUUGGGCUUGGAAUUGAUAAAAAUGCUUAAGUCUCUGUUGACUUUGUGUCCAGCUUAAUGCAAUAUCAAGAAGGUUUACAAAGUGAAAAAAAACCUCCAAACAGCUUUGGAGGAUGACUGUCUUAAACCAUGGCCUUAGUUAGACUUUGCUUAAAUAACUGGCCCAAACUGUCUUUUAUAUUUUUUAAACUUUUGCCAAUUUUAUUAACUCAGAUUCACCCACGUACACCUUGAAAUAUCUGAGGGGUGUAUUUAAGGUAGAAGGAAUCACCAAACUGUAAACCUUGGUCGCUUACCACACAAACCAUCCAGGUGGAAAUCUAGUGCAUGAACAUUAAACUAUAAAACUGACGUGGUGGAAGAAGCGUGCCCACUACAAAGUAGUAUAUUAAAAACCGCUGAACAGACUAAAAAGAGUAAUGAAAUUACAUCGCCUCAAUUUACUGCCCAUGUUUUCUGAAGCUUCCCGAAUCAUUUGAUUUUCCAACAAGAAUUUCUGUUUUUCCCAUGUUAAUGUUAAGUCCUGUACUCUUGUUUUCCAAAUAAUCAAGUGGUGCAAUAACUGAAAAGUCUCAAUCACUGAUCUGAGGGAUCUUAGCAAUAUUGUGGACACCAGCCUUGGUAGAACUAUAGUCUGUCUCCAUGAUUGUUAUCUCUUUUAUGACAAUAGUUCAUAUUUCAUGAAGGUUUGUUUCCAUUUAAUUGCCGACCUUUUUUCAAAGAUUCUAGCAACUGCAACAUUUAUAGGGAUAUUAUUUGAAAACUAAGUUGUAAUGUAGACAUUUGUAAAAAAAAAAUAAAUGUUAUAGCACCAAUG